GAGAGAGAGAGAGAGAGAGAGAGAGGUGUGCCUGAUGUGAGCUGAAGUCACUUUUGAGAGCUCAACGCGAAAGGAACAAGACCUGGAGCGAUCACAUUGAACCGGGAUUACGAGAUGCACAAGAUGGUGACUCUAACAGAGUGGACCACUGCCGACUACAGUUUAAAUAAUCAAGCGACAGAUGAAAACAGAUCCUCUGAAUUCAUAGACUCAGAGUUUCGUUACACUCUUUUCCCUGUGUUCUAUGGCCUGGUCUUUGUCUUUGGAUUGGCAGCCAACUUCUACGCACUUUACGUACUGCACCAUAUGCGAGAAUCUAAAGCCAUGAAUGAGAUUCGUAUCUACAUGACCAACUUGACCAUUGCAGACCUGCUCUUUGUGUCCGCUCUGCCAUUCUGGAUUGGCUACUACGCGCAUCGCGGUGACUGGAAGUAUUCGGAUCCCAUCUGUCGCAUCACGGGUUCCUUCUUCUUUAUUAACACGUACUGCUCUGUCCUCUUUCUUGCUGUUAUCAGCGUUAAUCGUUACUGGGCUGUUACCAAGCCACUGGUGGCUGCGUCUUCUGACUGUUGGAAACGUGGCGCUAUUAUCUCAGCGGCCGUCUGGGCCAUUACUCUUGCAGCUUCAGUUAAAUUCCUUAUUGAACCUGGGGUCCAGGAGGACAAAGAAAAAAGAAUCUUGCGCUGCUUUGAGGGCUAUCAUAAUGUGAACAAUGAUACUAAAUACGCAGUUGCUGCAACCCAUUUCUUAAUUAUAGGCUUGUUUUUUCUCGUCUUUUCAUUGGUGAUUAUCUGCAACAUCUCGAUUGCUCGAACUCUUCUGUCCCAACCCAUCAGUCAGCCCCGAGCCAGUACGGGGAGGCGACCCGGCGGCACCAAGCGGAGAGCUUUGAGGAUGCUGUGUGCUGUUGUGGGCGUGUUUGUGAUCUGUUUCCUGCCCCACCAUGUGGUUCAAGGUCCCUGGGUGCUGUCGGUGUUGGGGAUGAAGAAUUGGAGGAGGGAAACUCAUCAGCUGUUAAAUGAUGCCCACCAGAUCACGCUCAUGCUCAUGGGAUUUAACUGCAUUCUGGAUCCACUGGUGUAUUGCUUUGCCACCACAAAGUUCCGCAAAUACAUCAAGGGUCACUUUAAAAGGGUGAGGAAUAACAAAAACUGCUCACGCAACACGUUGACCACGGCUAUCUCUCUGAAGAGCAGAAAGUAAUGAUCGGUGCCAAAAGGCGAAAAGACGAGGCAGGAAAUAUUUCCAGGGAAUAAAUGCACUUGCUUCAUGUCUAUUCAUUCAAUAUGAUAAUUCAAAAUUUGGUACUGUCAGGAUUCUUCAAAUAAUUGACAUUUAAAAUUAAGUUCUCAAAAACCAGACUAUUUCUAGAAUGAUUAUUCCAUGGAUAUGUUAAAGGAACAGUUUGCUGAAAAAUAAAAAUGUUGUCAUUGUUUACUUACACUUGUCCAACCCCGCAAACCUAUAUGACUGAAAGCUGUGAACCACUUUUAUGGUUGUUUUUGCGUUUUUUUUUAGGCUUGAAAGCUUUAGCAUAGUGUUUUAUGUUUAUUGGAAGGAAGUCAUAUGGGUUUGAAAUUAAUAGGAAGAAACUCGACCGAAUUAUAUUUUUGGUGUAUACACUUGGUAUUGCUUUAUAUAGUUGUUUAUAUUAUUGUCACUGUUGUGGUGUGUCAGUGAGACAGUUAUAUGAAGAAUGAAAACAUGGAUUAAUGCCAGAAUCUUGAGAAUGAGGAGGACAAAUUAGAAAAGAGGACGCGUCUGGUUGAUCUCAUGCAUGGUUCAGAGAAUGGCAUGAUUAUCAGUUUAAUUCCCAGGAAACACAAAAUAUCUAGUUUGAAUGCACUAUAAGUUGCAUUGUAAAAAAGGCAUUAAAUGUAAAUGUAUUUAAAAUCUGAAAGGCAUUUUGUAAAACAGUUCUAAGGUGGUUGACCGUUUGUGUCCCAUUUGACUAUGAAAAGGAAUAUUAGUGUACUGGAGGAUGGGAAGCAUGACAGUGAUCAUAGCUUGUCUGGUCUAGUUUUAAUGUUUUAUAUGAUACAGUAAUACGGACUUGAGUUAAAAAUAGUGCUAACUUUGUGCUAAUGUUUUCUUUAAAAUGUAUAUGUGUGUGUAUAUAUAUAGGCUACAUAUAUUUCUCUUGGUAUAUAUACUGUAUAUGCCUAAUUUAGCAGGUCACAGUACAUCUUUGUCUCAAACGGAGCCUCAUGUACUUGAGUCAUGCACUUGUUCCUGUGGAUUUCUUUUCGAUUGUGAAAUUAGGGUAUGUUGAAAAAUGUUCUAGAAACUUUUAAAACAUUUUAUUUUGCUUGUUUUUUGUUGUGGUGUUAUUUAAUACAGGAUGUUUUAUAUUUUUCUUGUUUAUAUAUAUAUAUAUAUAUUUGUAUUUUUGUACAUUUAAUUCAUUUAACAUUUAAUCUGUAAACCUUAUGAAAACUAUGUAUUAUGUUAUAAAAUUAGACUUCUUCAAAGUCACAUCUGUGAGGCAUAAUUGAUGCUUAUUGCUCAUAUUUGUUUCCUUUGAAGGAGCAUAUUAUAAAAUGAGUAGUGCUGCUAGUGGUUCGUUUUUUUUCUGCAUCAAGCAGGAAGUUUUGCAAGAAUGUGUUGCUAAUGUUUGCUAAUGCUUGCUUCAGAUCUACAUUGUGUGUAAAGUUCAGAGAGGUUAAUCGAAGACUCCAUCUCCGACAACUGCGGAUGCUGUUAUAGAACACCCAUUAUUCAAUUUCACAAGAGUUCAUUAAUCAGUGCAGUGAAAAAUGUUUAUGUUAAUGUAAAUUUAAAUCAAUAAACAUGUCCAUUAAGCUAAAUGUUUUGCUGUUUAUU